GGGACCCGAAAGCAGCCCAUCAUCGAGACCCUUCACCAACCCUCACCCGCGCCUCUCCACUCUCCCUCAUAACCGCACACACAAUGGCGACACACAUCCUACCGAAAAUGUCUCUACGGCGCUGCACAGCAGCAGCCACGGCCUCGACGGCCCCCGCAGCGCGAACUUUCUUCCAGCUCGCUCACCAACGCGGCGGCCCUCCAAUGCUCGACUUCCUCCUCCCGAGCAUACCUACCAUCGCCCCGCGCAGCAUUGCGCGACAGGCACCGCGCUCGCUCUCGAAGCUGUCUAGUUCGCGCUCCUUCACGGCGUCAGCACUGCGCGCAGCGACCGCGAUUUACAACCCGCGGAAGGAUGACGAUGGGAAUGAUAUGACCAUUGAGAUUACUCCUCGAGCAGCUAAUCGCCUCAGCCAAAUCAUAGCCCGCGACCAAAACCCCCGCCUCGCCCUCCGCAUCACCGUCGAAUCCGGCGGCUGCCACGGUUUCCAAUACCAAAUGUCACUCACCAACGUCCCCGCGAUCGAUGCCUCGACCUCUCAGCCCGUGGCGAUCGAGGACGCGGUAGCGAAUGACAAGAACGCGCCUGCGCUGGAUGAGGAUGAUACGUUGUUUGAAGGGGAACAGGGGGCGAAGGUGGUGAUGGAUGGGCCGAGCUUGGAGCUGUUGAAGGGGAGUAAGGUGGACUUCACGACGGAGUUGAUUGGGAGCCAGUUUAAGAUUGCGGAUAAUCCGUUGGCGACGAGUAGUUGUGGGUGUGGGACGAGUUUUGAUGUUAAGAUGUGAG